AUGAUUCGACCACUCUUCUUUGCUUGCAUCUUUGCUGCUGGCGUUUUCGCGCAAUCAACGGUUGAUCCUGCUCUGACAAAAGACGGGGCGUUCCAACAUCUUGGAUGCGUUGCUAUUAGGCCCGGCACCUUUCCUCGUCAGUUCGAUCUGGGUCAAGCUGGCUGUACUUCAUCAUGUUCAUCAAACGGCAACAUUAUCGGCUUCCGUGGAAACAGCUGUGUCUGUGACCGUCUUGACCUCUCCCCAGGGCCCAUCGCCUACCGCGUUGUAAAGGUUGAUAACGCUCUCUGCAAUCAAUGGUGUGAUCCAGCCGACAGGUCCAAGGGAACCUGUGGAGGUGCCACGAUCCAGGGAUGGCCCAUCUACGACCUGUACAAGAGAAACAAUGCCCAGAUCGUAUAUGAGGCCUUCCCAGGUGCUACUCCUACUCCUGCACCCACUCAGCCCAUCCAAACUGGUAUGCCCAUUCCCAAUCCCAGCCCAAACCCUAAGCCAGGUGACGUCUGGCACGAAUGCCCACCCAAUGUUGUCAACUGCCCUUAUCGCAACAAAUGCCCCAAUGGCAGAUGUCAACUCAAGCCUGUCGUUCAGCCGUGCCGCGGAUGUUCUUACAACGGUACUGGUAACUGGACUGCUCCGACUUGUCCUCCUGGAGGCUGCAAUCAAGGUCCCAAGCCUGUUCCAGUUCCAGUCCCCGGUGGAAAUGGAGGGAGUGGAAGCAGCGGAGGUAGCGGCGGCAGCGGAGGGAACGGAGGGAACGGAGGGAACGGAGGGAACGGAGGGAACGGAGGGAACGGAGGGAACGGAGGCACUGCUGGAAACGGAGGCAAUGGUGGUAGCGGGGGCAGCGGGGGCUCUGGAGGCAGUGGAGGCUCCGGAGGCGGUGGCGGAAACGGAGGCAACGGCGGGAAUGGAGGUAAUGGCGGUGGAUCUAGCGGAUCCAGUGGCGGUGACGGGCAUCACGGAGAUCAACCUCCUGUCAUCGUCAACUCAGCCGUCAAGGCUCGGGGUGAAAGCGGCAUCCUGGCUCUCGUUAUGAUUUCCUUUGCCUGCACUCUUUUAUAG